GCUGGGAGGGAAGGGGGGAAAUAAUCUCUUUUCCCUCCUCCUUGGCUGCUGUAAAUCCUCCAACCCAGCAGAUGUCUCUUCUGCAAACACAAAAGCUAGGCCAAGAAACCCAAGCGGCUUUUCUUCCCCCCAGCAGCCUGGAGUCCUGUCUUUGAUCAAUUCACUGGGGGGGGGGGGGGGAUAAAGAAUAAAAAACUUCCUAGAGAAGGCUGCAAAGUAGCCUUAGAGGGUUCCAGGGGUGGGGGGGGGGGGGGUGUUUGGGGCACCCCAUGCAGGCAGGAGAGCUUGCAUGCAUCUAUGUGUCCGGUGGGCAGAGGAAAGAUACAGGGUUUCAGCACAGUCGUAGUAGAAUCCGGAUUAGUUGCAUUUACAUGAGCACUAAGAGGGGAGGGGAAGGGAGAGCAGCGCAGUGGGGUGACAACAGGAGGAGGGUGAGGAAAAGUCGUCCCUUGGCCUGAAGCAGCGUCAGAGUGAAAUCUGCAAAGAAACUUUUACAUGCACCCCUCUGCCAGUGAACAAGGAGGAGUCUUCCUGUUGGAGCUCCAUCUGACAACUCCAAUGCUGCCAAUACCCCAACCCAGCUAAAUCACGAAAGGGAGAAAAACUGGAAAGGCAACUCGAGGCACUAGGUGGAAAGAUCUACAGAUCAGGUCAAAACAAGAUAAGAAAGCACCAGCCUUCUGCUCUGUUGACAUAACCUCGAGGCUAGAGAGAAAAGGACUUUGGGUAAAGAACUGAGAGGAAUUUGGAGAUUCCAGACCACUGAUAAGGCAAGAAUUAGCCGAACAACCUCACUGACUUUGCUUUUUUUAUUUCAUGACUUAAAAAUACGUUUUGCAGGAAAAUCUUUGCUCUAUAGAUUGCGGGGGGUGGGAACAUACAUUUUCUAUAAUUACAUCAGGCCUGUUUUGCAAGCUAGUUUUUUGUUUUGAGUUAAAAUCUCUCCCCUUCUUUCUAGAUUAUUGUAACUUUUAUAGACCCUGAAAAGCAUUGAGAAGCCAGUUGCAGACACAUCUUUUUUUAUUUUUAAAGGUGAUCUUGGGCUAUAAUUAUCCAAAGUAUAUGCACACAGAGCAAGUGGAAUAUUGCAUUUCAUCAGUGCUGAGUAAUUGAAUUUAAAACAGGAAAGGAAGAGGGAUUGGGAUUAAUUUGCCUUGAGGAAAUUGAUUGAUAAGGGAUAGGCCAGGCAUCAGUUUGGAAUCAGGUUUUUUGGGAGGGGGAGACAUUUAAAAAACCAACUUUCAUAGAAACCUCAAAGUGCCUAACAAAGAUUUUUAUUUUUAUUUUUUUAAAAUACCCUGGACUGACCAAGCAGCACUAAAUAGAUUCUGGAACAAGAAUUAGACCAUUUUAAAAGGAGCUAUUUAUUAUAAUCUUAUCCUUUUUAGAUAUACUUUUUUAUUAAUUUGAACAAAUUUAAUGGGAAGAGAAGGGAAUCUAAAUUAAUAGACAGGAAGAGGAAAGAGCUCUGAACCUAAUCAAUGAAUAAGAGUUUGUUUUGCCUAAAACACACUAGUUUUAUAUCCUCAAAAGAAACAUAGUCCUCGAUUAUUACUGGACAGACUUGAUGUGUUUGUAAAGGCUAGGUUGAGAUGUGGGGAUUUUUUUUUUUUUUUUCCAGAAGCAGGUUGUGGUUGUUGCUUACCCCCCUCCAGUCGUGUUCAGUGGAAUUGGCUUCCGUGAGAAUUUGUAGAGUCAGGGACGGGAGCGAAAUACUGCAGCGGAAAGUGAACCGUGAUUGCAGCUGGCGCUGCUUGCCAGAGAGGGACCAGCCCGUGUGAUCCACUCUCUGCCCUGGUGAAUGUACUAAGGACAUUGAGGGGCACUGCGGAAGGGGUUUUGUCUAGGCCAGAUGGAGCCCCGACUCGAGCAGGUGGAUCCCAUGGCUACGAAAGGGGACGCUGUAAACGCAGAAGUCAAUAGACCCGAAAUCUGCCAGGCCCUUCUGGGGCUAGAGGAGGACACUGCCGGCAUGGAGGAGGGAACCCAGGCUGCAGAAGGACAGGGCCGCAUGCUGAAUGGGCAGGAGCCAGAAAGCCCAAAGGGGAUAGUGGUAAUGCACAGCGAGGAGGCUCCUUCUGGGCAGGGCAGCUCAAGCUGCCAACAGGCAGCAGGCCAGGAGCAUGAGGACACCCCAAGGAAGGAUCCGUCCCCGAGAGCAGGGCCCAGUGACGAAGCCAAGUGGCUGGAGCGUGGGGAGCCAGAAGGAAGGGCGGACCCCGAAGAGAAGCAGCCUCCCUCGAGUGGGAGCAUCCAGAAAGGAGGAGUCGCCUCACCACCGGACGACCCCAUCUCCAGCCCUCGCCCAGGCACCACAGAGCAGGCAUCUGAUGCCACCAAGGCCCGGCCCCCAGCCGGCGAGUCCGAGCCUGACUUCUAUUGCGUGAAGUGGAUCAACUGGAAAGGGGAGAGGACACCCAUCAUCACCCAGUGUGAGAACGGGCCCUGUCCACUCCUGGCCAUCAUGAACAUCCUGUUCUUGCAGUGGAAGGUGAAGCUCUCCCCCCAGAAGGAAGUGAUCACAUCAGACGAGUUAAUGGCGCAUCUCGGCGACUGCAUCUUAUCCAUCAAACCCCAAGAGAAUUCGGAAGGGCUGCAGCUCAACUUCCAGCAGAACGUCAAUGAUGCCAUGAUGGUCCUGCCCAAACUGUCCACGGGACUUGACGUGAACGUGAGGUUCACGGGCGUCUCCGACUUCGAGUACACCCCGGAGUGCAUCGUCUUUGACCUCCUGAAUGUCUCGCUGUACCACGGCUGGCUGGUGGACCCCCAAAGCCCGGACAUGGCCCAGGCCGUGGGCAAGCUGAGCUAUAACCAGCUGGUGGAGAAGAUCAUCACCUGCAAGCACUCAAGCGACCCCAACCUGGUCACCGAAGGCCUGAUCGCCGAGCAGUUCCUGGAGUCCACGGCCACCCAGCUGACUUACCACGGCCUGUGCGAGCUCACAGCUGCGGUCAAAGAGGGGGAACUAAGUGUCUUCUUCAGAAAUAACCACUUCAGCACCAUGAUCAAGCACCAGGGCCACCUAUACCUGCUGGUCACGGACCAGGGCUUCCUGCAGGAGGAGAAGGUGACCUGGGAGAGCCUGCACAACGUGGAUGGGGACAGCUGCUUCUGUGAUGCCGAGUUCCACCUGAGCCACACCCUGGGGAAGGAGGCGGCUGGCAGUUCCCCCCAGGAGCAGAGGCAGGUGGACCAGGACUACAUGAUCGCUCUGUCCUUGCAGCAACAGCCGCAGGGCCCCUCUGCCCUGAGCGAUCUAGAGCUUGCGCGCCAGCUGCAGCAGGAGGAAUACCAGCAGCAGCAAGCGGUGCCUCCUGUACAGGGGAGAGCUCAGCCAUCCGGCCGGCCGGCCAGGGAACGCAGACAGAGACAUAAGCAGGAGUCAGACUGUGUCCUUCUCUAGAGGCGCUCGUCCCCCUGCCUGCUGCUUUCGGACCCCUCGCCCUCCCACGGUCCUGCCGCGUCACCGUGAAGACUCCCAGACGACUGCCCCUGCGGGGCUCGCCUCGCCUCCCUUCCCCAGCCCUCCCCAGCACGGGACCCGCUUCCCAAAGAACCCAGCCCUGGCUCCCGCGCUGUGGGGGUGAAACCUCGUUCCAUGCUGUCGCGUCUCCCAGGCCCUGGCCUGGGCAUCGCAGCGCGGGAGGGACCGUGCAGGGCGGAGUCCAGCCGGGCUGAGCAUCGGCUGCAGUUUCUCCUCACCCCUGACGCCCUCAGCUGUACCUCGUACCUCUGAGCUCUCCCCAAAGAUGCGGAGUGCUCUCCUCUCCCAGAGGCAGAGAGUUCAGUGAUCAGAGCCCGGACUCUUGGGUUCCAGUCCCAGCUCUCGCCCUGACUCGCUGUGGGAUGCUGGGGCAAGUUGCUUCCCGACCCUGUUUCUCCAUUUCUCCAUCUGAUAAAGCAGGGGCGGAGGGGAGAAAAGGGAGUGAUGGUAACAGUUCACUCACUCCUUCCUCACAUACUUUGGGAUCCACAGAUAGAAGCAGCUGUGAUGCUGUGACAACACAGAGGCUUAUUUAACAGGCCAGCUAACCCACCGAGUGUGCUAGGCAGCUGCCCGGUGCCUCUCGUGAAUCCAGUGCAAUUAAGGAGCUAACCACCUGUACAGGAUCUCUGGGGCAGGGGGUGCACUUAUAAAGCUGGCAGGACACCCGUGUAUCCCUCUCCUGCUGGAGGCACAAGAGAUACUCUGCAAGGCCUUGACGCAGACAGGAGGAUGCAGAAGGUCCCCAGGGUGCUAGCCAAUGAGUUGCUGCCUCCUUGAUUCAAUUCUCAUGGCAGGGCGAGCAUAGAAUCUGGACAGGCACAUUUUCCCCCCUGCCCCCUCCUGUGUAGUCUCCCCUUUGGUGGCUCGAUCUUGCACUCAGCGGUCCCGCUGGGAAUUCAGCGGGCAAGGCCCUCGGCUCUAAUUAACUACGGCAGCGUUGGCACGGAGGCAGAGCCAGCGAUGGCUCGCGGGGUGAGUGGAUUGCAGGGGGAGGGGAUCUGUCGGGUCCAAACUCUGUCCGACCCAAUGACGCGAUCUGAGCUGCAGGAAGUGCUUUUUCAGGGUGCAUUGAAAUAAUUUGCAGAGUAAAGCGCCCAGAGCCUAGGAGCAGGGGGAAGGUUUGGAUGUAAAUUCCCUGCUGGGACGAAGCUUUCCCUUAGCCCUCUCUACCAUGGCACCGUCCUCCCUCCAGCAGGGAGGGUUUAAACCAGGCCCCGUGGAAAACAGCCCGAGGCGAGAUGCACCCCGUUGGCAUCAGCAGCCACCUAGCUGAGUCGGGGAGGUACUCGGAGCCCCUUCUCCUGCUCGAAAGACACCGAGUGACGCAGGAGCCAGCAGGACUUGCAGCUUGAGUGGGGGAGAGCACGGUUAUGCCGGCUCCCAGGUGACUGCAGGCUGGCUCCCAGUGCUGGCUGGGGCAGGGGGGGGUGCUUCCUGCCCCUAGGAGAGGCAGGGAGCCCAGCGCCGGGACCAAGAUGCUCGCUGGCCUUUCCAGGUCAGCAGUGGCCGAGCCCACAGGAAUGGCAUCUCCUGUUCCUAUCCUUUGCUAGUUCUGCCCGGUCCCUCUUCCUCAUCCAGACAGCCUCCUCCCCAGAAAAGCUGCAGUGGGGAGGGGCACGUUUAGGAACCGGGAUCAGGGUCGUUCCCAUGGGUUAGUUAACCCUGCCCCGCUCCUCAUCCUGUGACGUCCCCUGCCUCCACCCCAUGGAUUGAAUGGGAUCAGGAUCAAACCUUCAGGACACUAACAAACCUUCUGCGGUAGCCACCUGGGCACUCCCCUUCCCAGGGGCCUGGGCUCUGUCCCCAUGCUCUUAUGCUCUUGGGCUUGAGGAGUUUUACUCUUUCUUUUCUACUCUCUGUUAUUUGUGACACUGCCUUAGACAUUUGGAAAUAAAAGUGUCUUUCCCUAGA